AUGAAAGGGCAGACGCUCGGUCAUACAGAAAAGAACAAUAAAGUUAUCCUUUUGUCGUCAUGGAAUAGAAACAACAGUCUACCUUUAUUUAGUAGGGCUACUCAACGCAUCUGCAAUGCGCUGUGCCUCAUUUCAAUGGUACGGGGAAGCCUUGAUGACGGAGAUGGAGGAAAGGUCCCCACAUGGCGCCAAGGUGCCCUCUUCAAAGUGAAGAUGGCGCCUCGCUGGUUUGAGAAAGUCGAAUCCAAGGCCAAAAAGCUGUUGUCUCCUUCGGCUCCUUCACCAUCACCUUCGCCGACACCGUCUCAGCCUGCAUCUGAACCAGCAGCUCGACCAACAUCUCAGCCAACGCCUUCUCCACCCACCUCGACAGAUUCCUCAACCUCACCGCUGCCGAAUCUACAGGAGCGACUUUGGAACCAGGCCUACGACGAACUCAAAGCGAGCGAGCCCAAACUGGUCGAAGCGUACGAGAAGAUCCUAUCAGUUGGACUUCACCGAAAGGACCCGAGCUCUGUUACUUGCGAAUCAACGGAAAACGAGAUAGAGGGGGCUCGUGAGACAAGAUGCCGCCAAAUGCAGCAGUUAGUCCGGGAUGGACUAGACCGGACGCAGAAAGCAGCGUCCAUCAAGCGAGGAAUCGAUGAAGGCUUGCAAGCAGUGCAAGCGGUGAGGGGGAUAGUGGACAAGGCGAUACAGGCCGCACCGGAAGCCGCCAUCGCCUGGGUUGGCGUCUGCCUUGGACUAGAGAUCCUUUCGAACCCCGUCACCGAAGCACGCUACAAUCGCAAUGGCAUCGCCUACGUCCUGUCGCGAAUGGAGUGGUACUGGAACCUGGUGUCCCUACUUCUCGACGAGAAUAAGGCAGAGCAAUCCUCUGCGGGACUGCGAGUCCAACUGGAGAAGCACGUCGUGCAGCUAUACGAGAAACUUCUCUCGUAUCAGGUGAAGAGCGUCUGCCUUUACCACCGUAACUGGGCUGCCGUGGUCUUGAGGGACGUGUUCCGACUAGAUGACUGGGCUGGCCAGCUCGACGACAUCCAGAAAGCCGAGGCUGCUGUUCGAACAGACUCGGAUCAAUACAACACUGAACAGAGCAAGAUCUACCUCCGGAAACUCACCGACACCGCAAGCGCCUUGGAGAUGAAUCUCCAAGGCAUCCAUUCGGCCAUCAAGGAUCAAACACGACAGCAAGAGAAGAGAUACCAAGACGCCAAGUACGAGAAAUGUAUGCAGGAUCUGCACGUGACUGAUCCACACAAGGACAAGAAGCGAAUCCAAGACACGAAGGGUGGCCUGCUCAGGGACUCUUAUCGCUGGAUUCUUGACCACGCCAAAUUCCAGCAAUUUCGCGACGAUCCACAGAGCCGGCUGCUCUGGAUCAAGGGUGACCCUGGCAAAGGCAAGACCAUGCUCCUGUGCGGCAUCAUCGACGAGCUUGAGAAGGGACCUAACAGUCUCCUUUCCUAUUUCUUCUGCCAGGCGACUGAGGCUCAACUGAGCAAUGCAGCGUCUGUGCUGCGUGGCCUCAUCUACCUCCUCAUCAUCCAGCAACCAUCGCUCAUCUCGUACCUCCGGUCCAAGCACGAUGUUACGGGCGAGAAACUCUUCCAGGGCAUUAAUGUCUGGGUGUCUCUGGUCGAGAUACUCACAGACAUGCUGAAGGACCCGACUUUGAAAGAUGCAGUCUUGGUCGUCGACGCCCUCGACGAGUGCAUUACCGAUCGACCCCAGCUUCUUGAUUUCAUCAUCCAAUCGUCGUCCACUCCUUCGUCCCGCGUCAAGUGGAUCAUAUCCAGUCGCAACUGGCCAGACAUUGAGGAUAAACUUGACAUUGCGAAGCAGAAGGUCAGGUUGCCCCUCGAGUUGAACAAGGACUCAAUCUUCAAGGCUGUUGAUACGUACAUUGGAUACAAGGUGGAUCGAUUGGCAUGCCAUAAGAAAUACGACAAGGAAACAAGGGACGCUGUCGAGAAUUACUUAACCUCCAAUGCCGAUGGCACGUUUCUCUGGGUGUCCUUGGUCUGUCAAGAGCUCGCAGGUCCCAAUGUCCGAAAACGGCAUACGCUCAACACGUUGAAGUCAUACCCUCCGGGGCUUGAUUCGCUCUAUGAUCGAAUGAUAGGGCAUAUCGGUGAUUCGAAGGAUGCGGGCCUCUGCAGGGAAGUCCUGGCCAUUGCUUCGGUCGCAUACCGACCUCUUACCUUGGACGAGUUGAAGGUUCUUGUUGUGUCGCUCGAGGAUCUCGACCAGGACGAACUGGAAGAAAUCAUCAGAUCCUGCGGUUCUUUCCUGACUCUUCGAGAAGGUGUCAUCUACUUUGUGCAUCAAUCAGCCAAGGAUUUCCUGCUUAACAAGGCAUCCAACUCUAUCCUACCCUCUGGCGCCGCGCACCAGCACCAUACCAUCUUCUCGAGGUCUCUGGAAGCCCUCUCGGAGACUCUCGAACGCGACGUUUACAAACUGGGCGCUCCAGGAUUUCCUAUCGAUCAGGUCUCGCCACCCGACCCUGACCCGUUGGCUUCGAUACAAUAUUCCUGCGUCUUCUGGGUAGACCAUCUCGGUGACUCAGAACCCGGGGCGAAGAUGAGUGACAAGGACCUACAGGACGCGGGGAUCGUCCAUGACUUCCUUCGAAAGAAGUAUUUGUAUUGGUUAGAAUCUCUCAGUCUGUUACGCAGCAUGUCGGAGGGGGUCGGGGAAGUACAGAAGCUCGAAGCCUUAGUAAAAAGCAAGGAAACGCGGCAACUAACGGAACUACUUCGGGACGCGCGUCGCUUUAUUCUUUCCCACAAGCGGGCCAUCGAGAUUGCUCCAUUACAGGUCUAUGCAUCAGCACUCGUGUUUAGUCCCACCCGCAGCCUAAUAAGAGAGCUCUUCGAAAAGGAAGAGCCGAACUGGAUCACGCUCAAGCCGAGCGUGGAAUCAGACUGGAAUGCAUGCCUACAGACGCUCGAGGGCCAUGGAGAUUGGGUGAGCUCGGUGGCCUUCUCGGCGGAUAACCAGCGGCUCGCCUCAGGCUCGCACGACAAGACG